CCUAUUCUAGUGUAUCAUGGCGACCCGGCCGUACCAAGGCUACCCGUACGCCAACCCGCACGUGAUCGACGCGCCGUCGAUCGACGCGACCACCGCCAGCCGGUGGAAUAACUUGCCUCGUCGUCCCCUUCAGCCGCCACAAACUAGGAAUGAAGGCAGUCAGCGUUCCAAGGUAUUCGGUAAGAAAGAACCGGACGCAGAACCGGACCCGGUCAUCUAUAUCGACGUACCGGAGAGCUCCGGCAGCGAUGUCGCCGGUCCGGCUUCUAGACGGAACCGUAAAUCUGAGUCGGACACAGAGCCGGAUCCGGUGAUUUACAUCGACGUACCGGAGAGCUCCGGCAGCGAUGUCGCCGGUCCGGCUUCUAGUCGGAACCGGAAGUCCGAGUCGGACUCGGAGCCCGAUCCGGUGAUUUACAUAGACGUGCCGGACGAAGAGGGCAGCGAUGUUGCCGGACCGGCGCGGCCGGAACCGGAGCCGGAAUAUGUGCAAGAGACGAUAUUCUACGACCCGUUUGAGAACCGGCGGAUCGACCGGCACAAGUCGUCCGACACGGACACGGCCUCCGGCGCCGGCCCGUCGCGGCCGACGCCACCCAACUCUUUGGACCUCCGCGGACCCUCGGGGUCAUCAGGCUACGGUGGCUCUACCUUCACCCCCACCCCAGAAUUCCUCUCAAACCCAUCAAGCUACGGCCGAGAUGAAUUCUCACUGUCACCCCUACCGGUGGGGAAGUACCCUGAUCUGCCCCCGGCGUACAGCGAGUUCGACACGCCACACACCAGACAGACGCCACAGACGCCACAGACAACGCCACAGACGCCGCCCGAGAGCACGCCAUCGUCAUCGGAGCCGCCAAGAACUGUUGUUAUUACUCCAGGCUUAAACUAUAAUCGUCCGACUGUCGAGUCAUCCAUCGGCCUCCCGAGUCCGGACCGAAAAGUGGUAUAUUGCCCACACUGCUUCCAACGAGUCCACACACUAGUUAUACGGGAAAUUGGACCCAUCACGCACUGGAUUGCGUGCUUUAUGUUGUUAUUUUUCUUCCCCUUCGUAGUGUUUGUAUACUGCACAAACUGGUUCACGUACAAGAACCACUACUGUCCCAACUGCAACAAGAAAAUCGGCUACGAGAUGCCGGCCAUGUGCAUCGGCAUGGGCAUGACUUACAUACGGCCUGACACGGGAUAAGCUCUGGACUGAGGCAGGUCGGCAAAACGCGGCGCGCGAGCCCGGACAAUGUGUAUUAUGAUUAUGUUAAUUAAUUGUAUUGUAAGUGUAACCAUAUCCAUACCAAUAUUAUAAAUGCGAAAGUGCGUCUAUCUGGCUGUCUGUUACCUCUUCACGUUUAAACCGCUGAACCGAUUUUGAUGAAAUUUGGUAUAUACAUAGUUCGAGUCCCGGAAAAGGACAUAGGAUGGUUUUUAUGUCGAAAAUCACCCCUGAAGACAGUGCAAAGGGGGGUGGAAUUGAAAGAGUUAAUGAAUUGCCUAAUAAUCGAAGUAAGCAAUGCGCGAAUUGAAUGAUUGCUAUUAGCAUUAUCCAGGCGCUAUACCUACUUUAGCUGCUGUCACUAAUUCCACUCAGACGAAGUCGCAGGCAAAAGCUAGUAGAAAUAUAAGUAAAGGAAGAGUGCUUACUCGUCCGUACAUCAGUUUUCUUGCCUAAACGCGAGAUAUUUCGUAGUCGACAUCUAGGCGUCACGCUUCGUCGUUAAUUUAAUAUAAAUAAAAAUAUGGAUAAAUAUUAUGUGUUAUUGUCUUGUCGUUUUAAUGUUUGUACAAAAAACGCAUUUCACUGAUUU